AAUCCUUCCUUCUACUAUAUAACACCUACCUAUAUAUACUUGCUUCAAUAUAAUUCCCCCCAUUUAAUUUCCUCAUCAACCAAAAUCACCCCAUGCCUCCUUCACGCACCAGACUGCCCAGAGUGUGCGGCGGCGGCCGCUCAAUUGCUCGGGUCCGAUCCCCCACAGUGGUUCGCCGUUCGCCCAAACCCUCCGCCGGUCAGGAGAUGGGGUUUCUGAGUGCCGACAAAAGCAGCCGCAGCCGGGCGGCGGCGGUGGGUGAUGUCGAUGAUGAUGAUAUUGAGGGGUUUGGGAACAACAACAACAGCAGCAGCAGCAACAAGGUGAUGGUGGUGGUGGAUUCCAGUGUGGAAGCCAAAGCAGCUCUGGAAUGGGCUCUUUCCCACACUCUUCAGACCCACGACUCCCUCAUCCUCCUCUUCGUCGCCAAGCCGCCGCCACCAUCUUCUAAUAACAGGAGGCAAUCCACCGUCCAUUCAAACGUUGAGCUCCUCUACUCCAUGAAGAACUUGUGCCAGAGGAAAAGGCCCGGGGUACAAGUGGAGGUGAUCAUAAGGGAAGGCGAGAACAGGGGACCAAUCAUAGUGGAAGAGGCAAAGAGGCAGAGGGUGUCGCUGCUGGUGCUGGGCCACAGAAAACAGAGGGUGAUGUGGCGGCUGAUACAUAGGUUGAAGAGCAGGGUCGGCGGCCGACGCGGCGGCGGCGAGGCGGCUGCGGUGAAGUACUGCAUACACAACUCUUCCUGCAUGACCAUAGCGGUGAGGAGGCAGGGGAAGAAGCUUGGUGGGUAUCUCAUUACAACCAAGCGUCACAACAACUUCUGGCUUUUAGCUUGACAUUCAUGUCAAUUCCCCCACUUUCUCCACUCAUUUUGGCACCAAUUGUUCGAUUGUAGUGAGAUAGGAAGUCAUUUGUGGGGGACAGUGCUGUGAUGCUUAUGAACUGAAAAAACAAACAAACAAAAAAAGUCAAUGCAGAAUGAUGAU